GGCUGUUUCUUUGUUUUCCACUUUGAUAACGAACUAUUGACAUUAUUUUGCCAGUAGUGCUGUCAUUGAACUCCUGCAAUUACUUUAAAUACUUAUUAGCUUCUCUUUUGUGGUUUAAACGUCAUGAUCGCCAGGGCCCCAAACAUCAAUAUCCUCCCGUAGAGCGCAAGUAGCAACAAGUCAGGAGGGGCGGGUGUUUACGAGGCCAUGCUCGCGGAGGAGUGCUAAGUUUUCGCUUCCUUCAACGCUCAUGGCAGUCCUAUGUCUCCCCAAUGGAUAACAGAAAGAGAGGGAGUCCACUGUUCUCCUUCUGCGGCAGGAAAGGGGAGGAGGGAACCAGUCUGGGCGGGCGUGAGGUGCUACACGGCGAGGCGGAGGAGGACGAGGACCUCUUCGGGGACGAGGACGAUGAACUAUUCUCGAGGAUUUCUGAAGACAGUUGCCUAAUAGAGGAACAGCCCCAGCCAUCAACAAGUUACGGUGUUGGAAGGCCUUCACCCCACCCAAGAAUAGAGAAUAUAAAGGAGGAACAGCCCCAGCCAUCAACAAGUUACGGUGUUGGAAGGCCUUCACCAUCAACACAUAUCAAUAGCUAUGGCAAAGUAACACCUCAGGCUAGACCUUUAGAGAAAGUACCAGACUUUGAUGAGGACGCAGGAAAAACAUGGAUCUACCCUAUCAACUACCCCCUGAGAGACUACCAGUUUUCUAUGGUGGAAAAUGCACUCUUCCAAAACACACUUAUUUCAUUGCCCACAGGCCUUGGGAAAACCUUCAUAGCUGCUGUGGUGAUGUACAAUUUCUACCGAUGGUACCCAACAUGCAAGGUGGUUUUCACAGCCCCGACAAAGCCCCUGGUGGCCCAGCAAGUGGAGGCUUGCUUCAACAUUAUGGGUAUCCCACAGGAAGAUAUUUCCCAGAUGACAGGCAGCACAUUCAACCCUGAGAAGAGGAUUCAGGAAUGGCAAAAGAAGCGAGUGUUCUUCCUCACCCCUCAACUGUUGGAGAAUGACCUGUCUCGAGGGACCUGUCCAGCCAAGCUCAUCCGCUGCCUGGUGCUGGAUGAGGCUCAUCGGGCGCAGGGGAACCAUUCAUUCUGCCAGGUUGUCCGAGGAUUGAGGGAACAUGGACAUGAUUUCCGCAUUCUGGCGCUCUCAGCCACACCAGGCUCUGACAUGGGAGCUGUGAGGCAGGUGCUGACAAAUCUCUCCAUAUCUCUCGUGGAGCUUCGCAACGAGGACAGUGCAGACCUCCAGAAGUACACCUUCCAGCGUAAUAUUGAAAAGGUGGUGGUGCCCCUUGGGGAGGAACUGACCAACCUCAAUGGGAGGUACCUCAAGAUUUUGCGAAUGUAUGUGAACCAGUUAAUUGAGCUUAAAGUCCUUUAUACAAGGGAUGAAAAAACUCUGACAAAAUUCCAGCUCCUACAGUCACGAGAAGCUUUCCGGAAAAACCCGCCCACCACUCUGCCGCGGAGCAGGUUAGGUGCAGUGGAGGGACUGUUUGCCCUCUGCAUGACCCUCUACCACGCGUAUGAGCUGAUGAUGCAGCAUGGCAUCCGCUCCUUCUACAGAUUUCUUAAAGAGACACUAAGCAAUGAAAAAAGUCACUUUUUUGCAAGAAGUGAACUGCGAAACAAUGGACUGUUUCAAUCACUGAUGAGUGACGUUUCGAAAAAGUUUGAGGGAGUGUCUGGUACAGCACACUCGUCAAAGCAAGAUCCCUCAGUGCUCUUUUCACAGGUAAGGUCUCCUCAGGACUCCAAAAUGACUCCUGCAGCACCGUUCAUCAUCAGUCAUCCCAAGAUGGCCAAACUGCUUUCCAUCGUCCUUAAACAUCAUCAAAAGUUUGCUGAUGAAGGCAAAUCAACAAGGAUCAUGAUAUUUUCCCAGUACCGGGACAGUGUGCAAGAGAUAACGGAGAUGCUACAGCGGCACCACCCUCUCGUCAAGGCCAUGAGCUUCAUUGGCCAUGGUAAAGUGGGGCAGAGUGGAGUGGGACUUACACAAAAGAAGCAGCUCCAGGUUGUAAGCAAGUUUCGUGGGGGUGGCUACAACACUUUGGUCUCCACAUGUGUGGGAGAGGAAGGCCUAGACAUUGGUGAUGUGGACUUGAUCAUCUGUUAUGAUGCACCCAAGUCCCCCGUCAGGCUGGUGCAGCGCAUGGGCCGCACAGGACGCAAGCGGGAGGGUCGCAUUGUGAUUCUGCUGACCAUGGGCAAGGAGGAGCAGUCAUACAACUCCAGUCAGUACCAAAAGAAGGCCAUCAGUACUGCCCUCGCAGACCCCAAGAAGCUGGCCCGCUACCUUGUCCCUAGCAGCCCUCGCAUGGUGCCACGAGGACUGUCUCCAUCAUGUCUCAAGCUGCAUAUGAAGUCAGAUUCCUGGAAAACCAACGCUAGGAUCAGCAAAUCCUCCCCCAAAGGCCAAGGCUCCUUGUCCUCCCUGCUCUCCAAAACUGGCUCCUCCUCCUCCUCCAGGAAGAGCAGUUCAGGAGGAGCUUUGAUGAGCCAGGAGGAGUGGCUGUGGUACAGGAACAUCAGAGUGCCAUGGAAGGAAGUGAAGAGUGUACCUCCUGCCUCCCUCAUGUGUUUGGAUGAAUCCAAGAAAGAGUUUGACUUUGAGAAGCACAUCAACCUGGGCAGCUACCAACCGUGGCAGUCCCUCCCCCAGACCACAUACCUCGUUGGCCACUCAGCACACUCCUUGCACCUGGUAGGGCUCACAGAGUUCAUCCACCUCCACCAGCAUUUUGGACCAGACGAAGACCCAUACGGCCUAGAGAUGGCAGCCUUUUUGGACAAAGCUUAUGUGGAAGAUGAUGAUGAAAAUGACCGGCUCAGUCCUGAUUUCAAAACAUCACCCAGCAAGAACCCUCCAGUUGUCCCUCAGGAGAAUGGAAAAGUGAAGAAACUUAAAAAAAUGCAAAACUCCAUUGGAGGUAAAAGAAAGAAGACAAAGAAUGUUCAGAGUUCCCUUAUCCCUGAUAUGUUCAGUAGAAUGGUUCAGUCAAAAACAAAAUUCAGGAAGGAUAAUAAUCUGAUGGCAAGUCAGAGCCCUUCUCAGAAUAAUGCUGAAAAUGAUAAUAUGGUUGUGGACAAUAUAACAAAUUUGUUGAAGAAUACUAACAACAAUACUGAAGAUGAUGAUGUGAUAUGUUUGACUGAUGAUGAUGAUGAUGUGAAUGCAGUACAAAGCUCUAGUGUGAUCAAAGGUGGCUCUCAGGAUGGCAGAAGGAAACAGUCUGCAGGGCCAAUAGAGGUCAGUGAAAGGAAAAGACUUGAUCAGAUCCCUCCCAAGAAGAGUCCAGAGGAAAGACAAGCAAGUUAUAGAGAGGUACUGUACCUACCAAUGCCAAAUGGAGGUUCUUUGUCACUAGACAUUAAGGUGCCUCCCCAGAUACCAGAUCUUAAGAGUGAUGAAGAAGUAGAAGAACCUGACAGUCCCUCAGAGGUCCUAGAAUUUUGCAACGAAUGGCUGACAAAGAAUCUGAAGGCAAAUGGAAAUGAAACAGAAAAUAAUAAUGCAUCACUCCAUUCUAGGGAUAUGUUUGAAUCCACCAUGACAGAAAAUUUCUGUGGAGCCAGGAAGGUAGGAAGAAAUAGUCAGGUUAUUAACAAUGUCAAUAAUUUUGUGGGAGAUGAUGAUUUUGAACAGCUGCAAGGGAACACAUCAUUAUUUAGUAUGGGGGAAGCGUCUCCUGUAAUAGGAAAGUUUUCGUGCACUAAAGGCAACAACGUUGGCAGAACUAAUGGUAAUGAGAACAACACAAAUGGCUCUCCCAGAUGCAACAAGAAUGUCACUGGAAUUUCCGAUGUGGAUGUGUCUCCAGUAUUAGGCAGAAGCAACACACUGCAGUCCUCCACUCCUAAGACUGUUUCAAAGUGCUUGUUCAAAGGAAUUACUCCUCAUUUAUCUACUAUUGAUGAAUUUUCCCCCAUACCCAAGAAUCUGCAUGACGCUGGUGCAUCUGGUAAUUUAUUUUGCCCUUCCACUACCAUGGGGAAAGGAAAGAAAGAAAAUGAAUCUCAUAAAAAUGUGGGCAACCCCAUUGAUUCACAGCAAAGCCACCGGAAGAGAUUCAGGUCAAAGUUAAGCCGUUUUGCCCUGCCUGAAGAGCCAGAGGUAGAUUUUAUUGCAGAAAUAGCACAUUCAGACAAAGCCACAGGUACCUAUGAUUCAGUACUCACCAGCGGUAGUGGUAAAAUGUUCCCAAAGAAAUUAUGUUAUGAAGAUAUUCCUGCAAAGUCAGAUCAUCCAGAAGUUUUGACAAAUGAAUCUAGUUCAGAACUGAAUAAAGUUACAGACUUAACAUCCUCAUUUAGAAAUAUUUCUAAAUGCAAAGAUGCUUCCAGUUUUUUGUUUGAAGACCUAAACAAAAUAAACAUCAGUAAAAAUGAAGAAAAGCUGAAACUUGUGGAGAGAAGGCAACUGGAUGACUAUGUGAGUCAUAGUAAUGCUUCAAACUCUGUAAAGGAUUCAUCUCAGUCAUGCAUUGUGCAGGGAGAGGAUAAUCUGAAAAUCAAGGAGACAACUAGUCCUCAGAGUGAAGAACAGAAUCAGCAGAGUAUAUGUACAGGUGUCAAAGUGGAACCUGCAAAGAAAAACGAAGUUACCCAUGAAGCAACAAAAGGCAAUGCCUCUCUUACAAUGGAGGACUGUUCCCUCUUUGCACGCAUUGAUGAGUGUGAGCUUGAUUCAUCCAAGGCAGCAGAGAAAUAUGAAGAUUCAGACUCAGGGCUGACUGUCACACAGGUUCUUCACUUUAUGAAUAAGUCACCUCAUGAGACUCGAAAUGCCUCCAGCAACACUACAUUUUCCAAGCCAUCAUUAAAUAUUUCAAAAUGUAUGACCGGAAAAAUUAUGCCAACACCAGGUCAUCCAUCGAGGAAGCUGAGCCUAAGCUUGAGUAGGAAGAAUCGUGAGGAGUGUAAAGCUAACAAAAGUGAUGAGUGUGUUGACAUUGGAAUUAUUGAUACAUCCUCAACUACUUUCAUAGGUGGUAGUCAGAGGAAGUCUCCCAACAAAACUCCCUUGAACCUUCCCUCUCAGAGUAACUGCCUCUCUUUAAAGCAGACAACAGAACCAAGAGCUGCUAAUGAGGGUUCCAAAGAGAAACAUGUGUCCUUUUGCACGCAGGAAAAUGAGGAGUUUGACGUGUCAGAAUCAUUCUUAGCUGAUGUUGAUUUUGAGCUUGCUGAAAUGCCUGAAACGCAUGAUGUGGAAACUAGAAACGCAGGAAAUGUAAAUAAAUCAAGCAGUAUACUUCAGUCACUCGCUGAAGGUUUUUGUCAAGGUAAUAGAUCACUUGAGAAAGGUGAAGACCAGUCCAGUAUAAAACUGUCAAGAAGUAAACAAGACAGCGGGAGUGAAUCUAGCAAACUUUUGUCUCCGACUCAAGAAACACAGCUCCUCAUCAAAAGGAAACGGAAAGUGUACAAUGUUGUGGAAUCUGACCAAGAAGAGUCAUUUGCAAGCAGCGACACAGACAAGGACGCCUGCAAGAACACAUCAGUUUCAGACAACAGCAGGGCCAGUGCAGAGAGUUCAUGUGUGACAGCACCUCUCCGGAAGGCUGUUGCUGAACAUUUGAAGAACGAGUUUGAUGAUGAUGAUGACUGGGAUUUUGUUGGGGGUCUUGGUCCUCAUCACCCAAUUGAGAAGAAAACGGCAAAAGAGAAGAGAAAGAAGAAAAAGAAGAGGUUUGGCUAUCUUGACGAUGAAGCAGAAGUUUCCAUGGAUACACGGAAUGUCUCCAGUGAUGAAUCUGAAGCUGAGGAGGUGGAUUAUGACCGCAGCUUUGUGGACGACGGGACCUACCUCUCACAGGACAAUCAACAGGACAUGGAGGCCAUCUACCUGAGGUCAGUCACCAGUCCUAUGCGGCCCAAUGUUAACCUGAAUCAUCGUCCCCCACUGAAGUACAUCCAUGACUCCCUGGACACUGAGGCUGAGGGUGAUGAAGAGCUUGGCAGCUUUGUGGUGGACAACAGCUUUGUGGAGUAUGAGACAGAGUAUGCUGGGGAGACUAUGCUUGCAGAGGAUCCCAUCAUACAACAGGCCCUUGAAGACCAAAGAACAACUAAGAAAACUAAAGAUGCUACCAAUGGAAAUAAAGCAAAAAGAAAAAGAAUAGUAUUACAUGAGUCUUCAAGUGAUGAGGAUACAGAGGAAGACUGCAAAGUAUUGAAGCAGACUUCUGCAAAGAAAAUCUGCAUGGUAAAUCCUCAGCCUUUACAUCCAGACAAAAAUUUACAUUCAGAAAAGAAUGUUGGUUCUGUAGUGAACAAAAAUGUGCCAAGUUGCUCAAAAGUUGACCCAAGUGACAGCGAGGACUUUGAAAUUAUUGAAGUAAAACCCAUACCACCAAAGCUACAAGAUAAACCCAAUAAGGUCUCAAGUGGAAAGUUACCAGUUAACUCUAAUAGAGAACAGAAGUUUCCUGCCAACCCUGUUAGGUCCCAGACUCUAAGUCAUCAUGAGAUGAGCAGUAGUAGUAGUUCUGUCAAGAAUAUAACUGUUGUGAAUGGUCAGCAGCAACCCCAGAGCCAAGGAAGGGGUGGAGACAAGCACGAGGAGGCCAGUAGUGGUGCACCCAGUAGAUUAAUCAGUCCUGUGCAGCAUAAGUCAAGUGAACCACUGAAGGAUGAGAGCAGAAAAUGUCAUGGUGAAGGACUGGACACAUCCCCGAAUUCAAGCAAACUCUCCAGGCCCACCACCUCACCCGUGGGUGGGUCUCAGGCCUCCACCUCCGUGUCUUCCCAACUGAACACCUCCAGCAGCUUUUUUAUAUCUUCAGUGCCUUUUAAUAAAAGCCUCUCCAAUAGCCAAACUGUGCCAGAAAGUGCACCUCAGGAAGAUGUUGGGGUGCUGGUGGAUUCCAGUGAAGUUCAAAGUGGAGGGAAUCUAUUGUCCCAACUGAGGCUUCGCUAUGGUGCCAAAACAGCUGUUGUUACCCUGAAGCAUGCCCACUAUGCUGUCUCCACCCGCAUGGCUGUAGCAAGACUGCCACUUGCAGUGUUUAGCAGCAGCCAGCACAAAAAGAAAUUGGUGGAGAGGGUUCAGGGGAUGCUAGAGCUGUAUGAACGUCCUGUGAUCAUCGUGGAGACUGAGGCAGCCAGAGGAAGCUCCACGCCCCACCAAACCCUUGGAGCCUCCCUUUACCUGGACACCAUUGUGUGUGCCUUUACCCAGGUGACCCGCCUGAAGCUGCUCUACUCCAAGGGCCCAGAAGAAACCUCCCACUUGUUAUGGCAACUGCUCUUGCAGGAAAAAGCAAAGGGAUUCAAAAUAGCAACUGAGGCCCCAAUGAAUGCGAAAAGGCGACAGAUGGUGACCUUCUACCUCACACUGCCCAGUAUUGGAUAUCCCACUGCUGUUGCCUUUGCCCAGAACUUCAUCACCAUUAAGGAAUUUCUUCAGAGCUCUCCGGAAUGUUUAAUGAAGAAAGGGAGCAUAUCCAUACAGAAAGCCACAGCACUGAAGCAGCACACUUCUAGACCGUUCAGGGAGGACAUGCUUGUCACCUGAUACCGGCCAGCUUUCUACAGAGGACAGGAAUGCUUAUGCUUCCAUGGAGCAGUGGUCACCAUGCCUUGCUAUGACUCCAUGGGGCUGGGUACGAUUCCCUGCCUGGGCCGUCAGCGUGCAUAUUGCCCAGCUGUUAAUCUGCCCUUUCAGGUCGGUUGAUAAUUGGGUACCUGGGGAAACCUUGAAAAGGUAAACUGUGGCCAGUGUUUCAGGAUAAUGGGUUCGUACCUACCGUAGACUCAAAGUGUCAGUGAUAUGGAGAUGAGCACCACAGCCAUGCACAACUACGCAUCAGAUGCGUAGUUGUGCAUGCACUAUAGAUUCUAUAGUGCAUGCACCCAGCUUUACCCUACCCUACUAUUGUAUAUUGUCAUUAAAGUUAUUAUUUAGAUCAGAGCUACUCAACUGGUGGGUGGCCCACGGUCCAAAUCCGGACCUGCGCGUUAUAGCUGGACCCCAGGCACCGGAGAAGAAAAAUAUAAUUAAAUAACAUGGUUAUGGUGAUGGAUUCUUGGAAGUGUAUUUCCUUAACUGACUGCUGGGCCUACAAUCAGUCAAGGAAAAUUCACUUGCAAGAAUCCAGCGCCAGGACCUCAUGUUAAUUUAUUAUAUUUUUCUACUCUGAGCCUGGGGUCCAGCUAUAAUAUUAAUCUGGACCUCUGCAUAUAUUUGAACUUGUCUAACUGGACCUUUGCUCAUAAAAGUUGAGAAACCCUGAUUUAAAUGACAUGUUAAUACCUAUUUUUUUUUUUAAGAGUAAACUGCAACUCCGCUGUGAUAUUAAGAUAGUAAUAUUAAUCUUCUAUUAUGUAGUUUGAAAAAGUAUAUUUUUAAGUCAUGGUUAACAUCCCUGUCACUCAUUUGUGGAUAAUUUUGGCAGAGGUUGAUUUCUCUGAGCAGCAACUUACAGGGCACACACCCCUCCCGUGAUACGAGUUCAUCUUCUGCAGUCGUAACAUUACAUGCUUUUUCAAAUUACAUCAACUUUAUUAUUUGAAAGAUAAAUUUAAACUAGCUUUGUUCAGCAUGUACAGAGAGGAGGUGACCAUAUUCUCAGUAGAGUAGCAGUGGUACACCACAUGUUAUGCCAAUAUUGCAUUGAAAGUUUUGUAUUCUGCCACAAAGAAUGUGAUUUCUUGUUAUCUCCAAAAUAAGCUCGAGCAUCACAUUGGUAAAAGCAAUCCAGGACAGUAUUAUCCUUGCAGUAAACCUUGCAAUAGAAUGGUGUACUCAGUUCUGUGUUGUAUAGUGUGAGGCAGGAAGUUCAUUAAGAAAAUAUUGUAAUAGUACAUGAUAUAUAUAUAUAUAUAUAUAUAUAUAUAUAUAUAUAUAUAUAUAUAUAUAUAUAUAUAUAUAUAUAUAUAUAUAUAUAUAUAUAUAUAUAUAUAUCACAAAAUGGUGUUGGUUUAGACCAAGUCUUGGUUUUGGUCAUCUGGUAUUGCUGAGUGAUCAAGUUGGACAUAAUGACAUUCACCAAACAAAAAAUUACUUGAAAAAGUGGAAUAAAGUUGAAUUAGAUGUAAGUCAAUGUGAUGUAAAGCAGGGUAUGACUGUAUUAGAGGCUCUGAAAUAACCAACAAGUUAUUUCAAGCUAGUGCUGUGGAUUGUAAAUGGCUUUUCAGUGUUCCAGUUUUGUUUGUUUUAGCCUUUCAUCAUGACAUCCUUCAUCAUACACCAUAGCUGAUUGAUAGGAACCAUUGAAGCUGUGUAAACAAACCAAUAGUUGGGUUUCAGAUCAGUCUUUCAUAUUACGAGGUAGUAUCAAAGAGUUCUGAGACUAAGCUUAUAUAAAAGAAAGUACUCACUCAAUUCAAGUUUGGGCAUCACCUCCAAAACAAUCCUCUUGUACAGCUACAGCCAUCCCAGCACUGUUGCCACUGGUGAAAUGCAUUCAGAAAGUCUUGUUUUCAAUGCAUGUCCAGCACAGGGAUUCGCACUGGAUCUCCACAGCAUCAAACCAGCAGUUCUUCAGCUCCAACUUCAUCUUUGGGAAGAGGAAGUCGCAAGGGGCCAAAUGUGACGAGUAGGAUGGAUACAGAGGGUCACCAGGCUCUUACAGCCAAGAAACUUGCACUUAUGAGAGGGUGCAUUGUUGUCCUCCAGUUGCUUUUGCACCACAGUUCAGGCUGUUUCCACUGAAUGUCUUCCCUCUGACACCUCAGAAGAUUGUAAUAGAACUUGCUAUUGACGGGCUGGCCCCUUGGGGACGAAUUCAGAGUGAAUAACUCCAUGAAUGUUGAUGAAAACAAUGAGCAUGCUCUUGGUUGUGCAGAGGACCUGCCUUGCCUCCUUCAGUUAUGGAGAUGAGUACCCAUAGACCCAAGUCUCGUCCUCAGUGACAACCCUUGACAAGAAUGUUGGGUCAUCCAGGGCAUGCUGUUGGAGAACUUGACAAGCUUUGGCACUGAGCUACUAUUUUGAAAAUGGGGCUCAAACUUGAAUGCAGUGAGAAUUUUCUUGCAUAUAGGCUUAGUUUCUGAACUUUUUGAUACCAUUUUGUAUUAGAUUUUUAUUUAUUUAAGCAUGCAUGUCUCUCUCUCUCCUAGUGUUUGUAAUGUUCUGUGGAGCUCGGCAAGAUAACAUUGCUGCCUGAGGUACUUAACUUUUCUUGGAGGGGAGAAGGUUGCAGAAUCAAGUUUUACUAGUAUUAUUAUUACAACUACUACUACUGUGAUGCUACUGCAAUGUUAACGGCAUCACCGUAUGGAAAGGGUUAGUCCUCUUCUAAACCUCUUCAGAGGAAAUGGAAGAAGAUUAAGAGGAAUUUAGAGGUUUAGAAGAGGAUUAAUCCUCUUCCAUUUCCUCUUGACCCAUUCCAUACUGUGACGUUGACGUCUGCGUCACGGAUGGAAAGGGUUAAUGCUCAUAUUUAUUAUGCACUGUUAUUGGUGCCCCUACUAUAUCUUGUCCUCUCUAAUGUUAAGUAGGUAACUAUUGAAACAAACUGAUUGGUUUUGUAAACAGUAUGGAUUGUAAUAACCCAAAGUGAAACAAAGAGUGCUUUCCAUAUUUACUUAUAAACUUAGAAAGUCUCAAAUCAUUGAACAUCUGUGAUGCAUAAAGUAUUUUCUCGAGUAAAAUUAAAACAAU